UAGUCACAGUAUAGUCAUGCCUGAGUGCAUGAAAGCCUAAGACUUCCUUAGCGAUCAAAAGUUUAGCCGUACGAUACCAUCGAGUUAGUUGCUCGUAGAAAUCAAUCCGGUGCGGAUGUUAAUGUGUAUCUUUGCUCAACAACAGCUGCUGUUGUAGAUACUUUUUCAAUUUUUGUCGAGAGAAACUGUUUGGAGAUUGUUAUUGUAUCGCUGCUUCAAUUGAUCGCGCGGUUUUUUCGUUCUCCAUUCAUACAUUUUUGAUCGUAGUCCUUUGGAAUCGUGUUCGACCUAUAAAAGGGAUAAUUCGCAAGGACAUCAAACUGUAUUGAGUCAUAAAACAAUAAAUUUGAACGCGAGCAAAAGAAUUAAAAGAAAAAAAUCGAAAGCAAAAUAAUUGCUUAGAAAGUUUAACACACGAAGCAAACAAAAAUUUUUAAUUUAAAUAUAUUACUUGUGGGACCUCUUUUAGGAGGCUUAAGCAACAAGCACGUUGUAUUUCUCAUUUUUCUGUGUUGUUGGUGCUUCUAUAGACUUGGCACACAUUUUUGUUUUAAUAAAGAAAGUUUGUGUUGUUUAACGACCAACGGCGGCGGUUUUUUGUCAAAAAAAUGCUCGUAAUUUCGUGUGACAGAUGAAAAGUGUUUGAAGUGUGUUUUCAAAGUGUGUUUUUUGGUUGUACAUAUUUGCAGUUGCUGCUGACCUAAAAUUCAAUUCAUUCAUUUAGCUUUAUCGUGUGAAAAAGUCUUGUUGUUGUUGUUAGUGGAAUAUAAUAAAUAUAUGUUGGCAACACUCUUGCUGUUGAAGACACAUUAAAGUAGGUACAUUUUCGAGCAGAGCUGUGCAUCAUGGCUAGUAAAGUGUACACGAAUACACUGAUAACAAUUUUUAUAUUGGGAUACUAUACAAUUAUUGGCGUAAACAGUAGUGAUGUAUCAACACUAUGCAGUUUUCCAGGCUCACCAGCACACAGUUCGGUUGUAUUUUCAAAUGCAAAUUUAACACACAACACUGUGGCAUCAUAUUCCUGUGAAAGAGGUUUUGAACUUCUUGGACCAGCACGCCGAGUAUGUGAUAAAGGAACAUGGAUGCCAGAAGGAAUUCCAUUUUGUGUUCUGAAUGUGGCUGCCGGGAAAGCUCCAAUGCAAAUAUCAACAGAAGGAUCAGGCAUACCACAAAAAGCAAUCGAUGGCUCUACAUCCGCAUUUUUCAGUGCGGAAACGUGUUCGCUUACAAAAUCAGAGCGCUCCCCGUGGUGGUACGUGAACCUGCUUGAACCGUACAUGGUGCAGCUUGUUCGCCUAGAUUUCGGAAAGUCAUGUUGUGAUAACAAACCGGCUACUAUUGUUGUGCGCGUUGGUAACAAUCGUCCUGAUUUGGGCACAAAUCCCAUCUGCAACCGUUUCACCGGACCACUUGAAGAAGGUCAACCCCUAUUUCUACCAUGCAAUCCACCAAUGCCCGGUGCAUUUGUAUCAGUACAUUUAGAAAAUAGCACACCCAAUCAGUUGUCAAUUUGUGAAGCCUUCGUCUACACAGAUCAAGCACUUCCCAUCGAACGUUGUCCAACAUUCCGCGAUCAACCACCAGGUGCUUUGGCAUCAUACAAUGGAAAAUGUUACAUUUUCUACAAUCGUCAACCAUUGAAUUUCCUCGAUGCCUUAUCCUUCUGUCGAUCAAGAGGUGGAACUUUGAUAAGUGAGAGUAAUCCAGCAUUACAAGGCUUCAUAAGUUGGGAACUUUGGCGUAGACACCGAAGCGAUGUCAGUUCACAAUAUUGGAUGGGUGCUAUUCGUGAUUCAGAGGACCGAAAUAUGUGGAAAUGGACUGAUGGCGAAGAAGUUACUGUAUCAUUCUGGAAUCAUCCUGGUGGCGAUGAAGAUUGUGCUCGAUUUGAUGGUUCAAAGGGAUGGCUAUGGAGUGAUACCAAUUGCAAUACUCUACUUAACUUUAUCUGUCAACAUCAACCAAAAACUUGUGGUCGUCCAGAACAACCACCAAACUCAACAAUGGUCACUCCAAAUGGAUUUGAAGUCGAUGCACAAGUCGAGUACACAUGUGACAGCAAUCAUUUAUUGGUUGGUCCAGCUACAAGGACCUGUCUGGAAACUGGCUUCUACAAUGAAUUUCCACCCGUUUGUAAAUAUAUCGAAUGUGGACUUCCAGCAUCCAUUCCACAUGGUUCAUACGAUCUGAUAAAUGGCACAGUUGGAUAUCUAAGUUUGGUCAAAUAUGAAUGUCAAGAAGGUUAUGAAAUGCUUGGUAGAGCUUUGUUAACCUGCGACUUUGAUGAACGCUGGAAUGGACCUCCACCUCGAUGUGAAAUUGUUGAGUGUGACACACUUCCUGGUAAUUACUACAACACAAUCAUUUCGGCACCAAAUGGAACAUUCUUCGGAUCAAAGGCUGAAAUAUCCUGUCCACCUGGAUAUCGUCUAGAAGGUCCUAGAUUUAUAACUUGCUUGGCAACUGGACAAUGGAGCAGUGCAUUGCCUCGUUGCAUGAAGAUCGAAACUUCAAGUACAAUUCCUGUGACUUCGUCAACUACUACCUUCAGACCGAAGACUACCACUGCUUCCCGAAGACCAACAAGACCCACAAUAUCUACCACACUUUCUAUUAGCUCAACACCAAUUGUCGAAAUUAAUGGUGAACAUGACACUGACGAUGAAGAUGUAACAUUUGUUGUACCCGGAACAGUACGAGAAGAAUUCCCACCAAAAAGAAUUCUACGUCCAGUUGUUGUCUCCAAGAAUAGAAUACCAUCAUCAUCUGCUGCACCAAAGCCUUCAACAACGACAACAACUUCCACAGCAUUGCCACCAUUUAGCACAGCUGGACCUACAAUACCUACAAAAGUCCGUCCAUUACCACCGCUAUAUGAAACAACAACCCCGCGAAACACUCAGAAUAUUAUCCUCAAUGCCCAUCCACAGGACAAUGAAAUAUCAGAUAGCGUCAAUAUUCAACAGAAUCAAUCGCCAAAUGUUAACGUUCCAUUCUCUGUGGAAAAUUCCGAACGUAAAGAAGGAAAAGAAGCUAAACUUAAUCUUGGUGCUAUUGUUGCUUUGGGUGCAUUCGGUGGAUUUGUAUUCCUAGCAGCAGUGAUAACAACAAUUAUCAUACUCGUGAGGAGAAACCGUACAACUCACCACUAUCGUCAUAGGGCUUCGCCAGAUUGUAAUACUGUAGCUUCAUUUGACAGCUCCACUUCAGGCUCAAGAAAUGGAUUAAAUAGAUAUUAUCGUCAAGCGUGGGAAAACCUACACGAGUCUGCAUCGAAAAAUAGUUCACAUAAUGCUUUAAGGAAAAAGACUUUGCAGGAGAACCACGAACCGCCUAGUCAAGGCCGAUCACGGGAUAAUAUGCGAGAAAAUAUUCAAAGGUCUCGUGAGAAUUUAGACAGGGUUGGACGAGACUACGGCUUGAGGGAUAAUUCAGAGCUGGUUGUUUCUGAUGUCUGCAUAAAAGGUGAAAAGAAACGCCACCAUCAUCACCAUCAUAAGAGCAGCAGUCGAGGUGGCGAAUACCGUGAACAAUCGGCCAAUGCAAGACGAGACCAUCGACACAGUGGCGGACAUUAUUGACCAACCAUGGUCAUUACCAUUAAUGUAGAACAAGAACAUAAAAUCAUAAAAAUGCAAUAAAUAAAAAAAACCAAUAUUUUUAGUCUUAAAUUUAAUUAAUUUCAUGUAGAAAAUUAAACAACAACAAAAACAAAAAAACAGAAAA